AUAUACAUCCACGUGGCACUCCGCCAGAAAAAUAAGCACAUUUUUCCCUCAUUUUAACCGUCAUAUCCCGUACGGCGAGAAUCGCCGCCGCUACCUACCAUAUCGGAUUCAUUAUCCCAUUUCCCGUAUCCCUCUCUCGCAAUCGACCGAUUCAAAAGCUCUCUCUUUCUUCGAUUCAGAUUCCCUUAUUUUCUUUUUUAAUUUAUCGAAAUUUUUAUCAAAUCAAUUUCUGCACAAAUGAUUCAGCGUUUCGUUGACAACGUCCUCGCUGUCACAAAAGAGUCGGUGAAGACAUUGACUUAUGAGUCUUUGAACAAUAUCGUGAGGCUGAUAAAUGGAUUAUCUGCUCUUCUAUUGACAAUUUUGCCGGGAAAGGCUAAUAUUCUUGAAGGUAUUCAUGGCUGGGAGCUUAGACCAACUUUUCGUGGACCUAGGUUCCCACGAUGGAUGGAAAAUGGCGUGUCCUCUUUCAACCAAUUCAUACACGAGCUUUCUGUGGAUUCUGAUACUUCGAGCCUUGAGUACUCAUCUGGAGAAGAUGAUCUCGGUGCAAUAUAUCCCGCUUCCCCAUCUUCUCAAAGUUCUCGUGCCUCUUUUUCAAAGCGUAAUAUACGCUGGACCGGAUGGAUUGGUUGCUUAUUUUUGUGGGUUCUGUAUCCUAUUAAGUUUCUGUUUGGGUUACCGAAAAGUGUAUGGCAAUUAUUUUGUUGUGGGGUGUCAAAGGGAAAUUCUGUUCCAGGAAAUGACCGGUCUUCAAGUCCGCGCCGUAUCAAGAGAUUGCUUACCCUUAAGGAUCAUGUUGUUCACCGCGCCACUGACAGGAGGCGUGGAGUCAUUGAGGAUCUUCAUUUAGCAAUCGAGAUAAUCAUAGAAACUAUAUUUGAUGCGGUUCACAAGGCAGCACAUUUUGUUCUUUCUCCAUUAGAAGCGUUAAGAAUACUCUGUAGAUGGCUAUUCUCUCACAGCAAUCGGGGUAAAGAUAUGCUUGAUGAUGAUCCAUAUGACUCUGUUACCACAACUACACUAGGAGAUGAUGAUCCAGUUGUUACAGAGAGGAAAACUUCUUUGCGUCACUCCAUGAAUACAGAUGCAAGGACAUGUCAGGAUGUGAUAACAGAGCUUGGGUAUCCAUACGAAGCUAUAAAUGUGGUUACCUCUGAUGGAUAUGUUCUUCUGUUGGAAAGAAUACCUAGGCGUGAUGCUCGGAAGGCAGUUUAUUUGCAGCAUGGAAUUAUGGAUUCAUCUAUGGGUUGGGUUUCUAAUGGGGUUGUUGGUUCUCCAGCAUUUGCAGCCUAUGAUCAAGGGUAUGAUGUUUUUCUUGGGAAUUUCCGUGGUUUGGUGUCUAGGGAGCAUGUUGACAAAGAUAUUUCGUCAAAACAGUACUGGCGAUACUCAAUCAAUGAGCAUGGGAUGGAGGAUAUCCCAGCAAUGAUAGAGAAGAUACACCAAGUCAAAACUUCCGAACUGAAAAUUAGCCAGCCUGGUCUGGAGGAAGAAGUUGGUGACAGUCAGGCUUACAAAUUGUGUGCAAUAUGUCAUAGCCUGGGAGGAGCUGCUAUGCUGAUGUAUGUCAUAACACGUCAGAUUGAAGAAAAGCCCCACAGACUCUCAAGAUUGAUUUUAUUAUCGCCAGCCGGCUUCCACGAAGAUUCUGGAGUAGCUUUUACGGUGGCUGAGUAUUUGUUCCUUUUCUUGGCUCCUAUUCUUUCUCCUUUUGUGCCAGGCUUCUACAUUCCGACUAGAUUCUUCCGAAUGCUUCUGAACAAGUUGGCGCGGGACUUCCAUAACUACCCUGCAGUUGGUGGACUCGUUCAAACUCUAAUGAGUUACCUUGUGGGUGGGGAUAGUUCAAAUUGGGUUGGGGUGUUGGGUUUACCGCACUAUAACAUGAAUGAUAUGCCAGGAGUUUCGUUCCGAGUGGCUGAACACCUUGCACAGAUAAAGCGCUCGCGUAAAUUCAGGAUGUACGACUACGGGAGUGAAACUGCAAACAUGAAGGCCUAUGGAUCCCCCGAGCCAUUGGACUUGGGUGAAUGUUACAGUCUCAUUGAUGUGCCAGUUGACUUGGUUGCAGGACAGAAGGACAGGAUAAUCCGACCCUCAAUGGUAAGGAAGCACUAUAAGCUGAUGAAGGAAGGCGGUGUGGAUGCAUCGUUCAGGGAGUUUGAGUAUGCCCACCUGGACUUCACUUUCUCCCACCGUGAAGAACUCUUGGCAUAUGUGAUGUCUCGCUUGCUGCUCGUGGAACCUACUAUGAAGCAGCAAGGCAGUAGUCGGAAGUCAAAAAAAAAAGGACAGUGAAAACUUGAAAAUACUAUAUGAGAAGAUGCACAUCAUGGAUAUUCCAUAUUUUUUGGCUUGGUGUGUUGCGUCUCCAGGUGGUUUGUACAUAGUAUUGUCCGAGUCCAGUCCAGUGUAAUAUUUUAUGUGUGUCCCCGUCCAUCAACCUUGUAUCCCCUGUGUUGGGUUGUGUAGUAAACUGCGAGGUUGGAGUGGUAUGGAAAUGUGUAUUGUUUGUUUGUAACCAACUCUAUAUAGACAGAGACAGAGACAGGAUGUUUUUGAUUGAUGGUGUUUGUAGUUGAUUGAUUCACAUAUUAUUUUCUUGCUCUUUUGGCUUUUAUGCAUAUGAAAUGUAAUGUUGGACA